CUUCUGUUCCUAGCUCCAGUCACCUUGGACCCUAAUACAGCCCAUCCUGCCCUUCUCCUGUGUGAGGACCUGAACACUGUGAGAAACAUGAAGAAUCGGCAGCAGCUUCCCAACAAUCCGGAGAGAUUUGAUCGCUGUGUCUCUGUUCUGGGAUCAGAGGGAUUCACAUCAGGGAAACAUUCCUGGGAGGUGGAGGUGGGGAACAAGACUGACUGGGAUAUGGGUGUGGCCAAGGAAUCCAUCAACAGGAAGGGAGAUGUCGAACUGUAUCCUGGUAACGGAUACUGGACAGUGAUUCUGAGAGAGGGGAAUAAAUACUUGGCUGGUGAAGAUUCAUGGAAACGUUUAGAGCUGCGUGUGAAACCGAGGAAGAUCCAAGUCUGUCUGGAUUAUGAGGGAGGGAAGGUGUCCUUUUAUAACUCAGAGAACAAGACACAUAUCUACACUUUCACUGAGACAUUCACUACGAAACUCCAUCCUUACUUCAGUCCAUUUCUUACUGAAGGGAAUAAAAACACAGAGCCUCUGAAGAUCUGUCCACGGAGAGUAACAAUCCAGGAGGAUGAGGGAUUCAUCUCUUCAUCCAAAUAAAGACUCUUCUUGUAAGGAGAGAGGGGAAGAUCCCACACAUUGCGUCACUGGAUGAGGGAGGGUAAGAUCCCACACACUGGGUCAUUG